CCCACAUGGAUACUUGUAUGAAAAACAGGCCAUCCUUGAAUAUAUUCUUCACCAGAAGACAGAGAUCGCUAAAAAGAUGAAGGCGUAUGAGAAGCAGAAACAAGCUCUGAAGACCAACAACCAGCUGGAGUCCAAAUCUGAGGAGCGACAGAGGGCAGAGAGGUUUAAAACCAGUGAGAACAGCAUCGUGUCCAAACCCAUCAACCCCUUCUCAACUGGGCAGAACAAAGACGGUGAGACGAGCGGGUCCCAGGCCAGCUCCGGUGAAUCCUCCACAGCUGCUGCAGCUGCCGGCUCCAGCCAGAGUCUGCCCAGCUUCUGGAUCCCGUCUCUGACGCCUGAAGCCAAGCCCACACUCCUGAAGAAACCAAGUAAAGCUGUGUUGUGUCCCAUGUCUGGACAACCUAUUAAGAUGAAUGAUCUGAUCCCGGUGCGUUUCACCCCUCUGGACCCGAGCCUGGACAGGGUGGCCCUGCUGAACCGGCAGGAGCGGUAUGUGUGCGCUGUGACCAGAGACGCUUUGGGCAACAGUGUUCCCAGUGCGGUUCUCAAACCAUCGGGGGCCGUGGUGACCCAGGAGUGUGUGGAGAAGCUGAUCAGGAAGGACAUGAUGGACCCUGUGACCGGAGACAAGCUGAGCGACAGAGAUAUCAUCCCCCUACAGAGGGGUGGAACUGGGUUCGCAGCUUCUGGAGUAGAACUGAAAGCCAAAGAGGCCCGACCAGUGAUGCAGGCCUGAGCUGAGGGAGUUCCAUCAGAACAUCUUAAAGCUCAGUCAUGGAAGAAUAAAGUGAUGCUAUUUCUUUUUUCUUUUUUUGUAACUUUGUCUUCARACCUGUAAAGAGACUUGAUCUGUUAGCAGAGACGCUUCUUCUAGUUUACAUUUUAAAGAGAUUUAUUCUGUGGGUGGUCUGUAUGGAACAGAACAGUAUUAYUUUCAUUUAGAGACUCAUCACAUCCACCUGAGGAGUACAUCAGAUUAAAUUAAAGACACCUGAGCAUCCUGAUAUCAUGAGUGGUUCUACACUUGUCUUGCUAAUCAGGAUUGUUUUUUCAUUCUAAUGAGGAUUUCUUGAUGUCAUUUGAAAAAGGAAACCUGAAACCAUAUUUGGACAUCAGGCUUUCUCAGCUGAUGUUGAGAAUAGCUUCUGUAGCAGCAGAGAAAGUAUCUGAAAUAUAAAACUGUUCGGCUCAGAAAACUGCUUCAAAACAUUUCCUUCAACUGACCCAGAGGUAAAAUAUUUCUUCAUCAUAUUCUAACAAAAUUGAGUUAUUGUGCUCUACGUCCCUACAURCCAAGAAUGGAUUUAAUGGUCAGUUUGAGGUGACGGGUCACUUACAUUAUCUGUUCAAAUGUUUUGUUCUGAACAAGAAAUAUGACCAGUUUUAUUUUAAUAAACUGUUUCUCCUCA